CAGCAGUUCCCUAAAGUGUCAAGGUGUAUGUAUGUAUAUUCUAUUAGCCCGGAAAAAGAUCCGCAACCCAAAUCGCCAAGACACAACAAAACCCGUUCAACGACUUCGGACAGGAUCAGCCGCUUUCUCUUCCCUCCGUUCGCUCACACCGGAAAUUAGCUAUUGUGAGCGAGCUUCGAUUUACCUUAUAUAUCUACAAAAUGUCGCCUGCGUCUCCCAUCCAAGCUCCCCCGCAUAUACAGCAGCUCCUUUCGCAACUGCACCAAACCUCCCUGGAACAAGAAGCCGCUAUUUCGAAAAAGGGGAAAGUUUUCUCUUCGGAUAUCCUGGGCGACCUCGAAGAUAAGCAGUCAACCAGUAAUCCGAACGAUGAGUUCGAUCGCCUCAUGCUAGAUAAGUUCAUCGCUUUAGACGAAGACAAAUGCCACUUCACAUAUCAAUUGAUCAAUGCCAUGGGCGCGACCAAUAUAGUCGAGGCGGGGACCAGUUUCGGUGUCAGCACGAUCUACCUCGCUCUUGCUGUCGCCAGAACGAAAGCCGCCACGGGAAAAUCCGGAAUCGUGAUCGCGACAGAAAAGGAAAAGGAAAAGGCGGCUAUUGCCCGAAAAUACUGGGCGCAAUGUGGUCCGGCAGUUGAGCAAGAGAUUGACUUGAGGGAGGGUGAUCUGCUCGAGACUUUGAAGGAUGGGCUGCCACAAGUUGAUCUUCUUCUUCUUGACAUCUGGUCGGCACUAGCUCUCCCGACACUUGUCACUGUCUUACCCCAUCUUCGACCGGGUGCUGUUGUCCUUACUGAUAACACAAUCUCGGGAGCCGAGGGCUACGCAGACCUGCUGACCUUUUUGCGAGCACCCGAGAACGGGUUCCAGAAUAUGACCCUGCCUUUUACCAACGGGUUUGAGAUGAGUGUUUACAGACCAGAGCCGAAGUAGAUACUCGGUGACGAAUUUGAGGUGAAUGUUGCCGUGAGCCUGAGGGUUAUUUUAGAGAGGGACUUUAUGUGUGAUGUUAGUCUCUUAUGUCUCCACUUCGGAGGAAUUUCGCUGUCGGAAAGACCUCCUCGUCAUAAGCUAGAAUCCCUCCGCAUUCAAACCCAGUUCUCACCCCGAGCGCCUCGGGAAAAAAGAAUAUGGAAUCGUGAAUACUUCUAAAGACCACACUACAAUCGCCACACCCAACCCCGCGUUCCUCCCAUCCGUUCCAUGAUGGCCUCCAUCCGAGCCCAAGAAAAAGUCACAGUCGAACUUUUACAAUCAACGCUCUCACAAAGAUCGCGAUGUAUAGAUAAUUUCCCGGCUCCAGAUUUCCAGCCAGGGAGCGAACCAAAGCACCAGCAACGGGUGUUCCAAGGAACCCAGCCGUCCCCUGCAGAAAAUACAUAAUCCCAGUUAUCCGCGGCAUGUUCUCCAUUCCGAAAAAUUCAUACAAUGAUCAGCACAAGACCAAAUACAUGGAACGAAGGAUGCACCAGGAUCAAGUUGAUAUUUAUCACCCCCCUGAGGCUGAUAGGAGGAGACCGAUACGGUCUGACGCGAAUGGUGGACUUCAUCGGGAUGCAGUGUGAAAUGUUCCGAGACGGUGGUUUGCAGUACCCUACAUAAAAGCCACUUAUCCAGCGAGUGCAAGCUUGUAU